AUGUUCAAAUCGGUGUUUAAGACAGGAAUAAGAGGCGCAUAUAAUGUCUCAGAUAAUGCGUCCUUUAGCACAGAACUCUGGGCGAUCUAUCCUGCAAAACAUAAGCAGACAGGGAAAAUAGUGUCUGUUUUUAUUUUCGAGAAGCCCCGUUUUGAAGCACAGGUUUACCGCCUAUGCAAUCAAAAUGCAAGCAGCCAGAAUCCGAAGCAAAUUGUGGCGGAGUUUUACGAGCAGAUUCGUACGGAAAUCUCCAAUCUUACCAAACUAAAACACCCACAAAUCCUCACUGUGUUGGAAGUUUUGGAAGAGACCAAGCUGAAGUUUUUAUUCGCUAGCGAAGCGGUGACUGCAAAUCUAACAACACUCAAUUUGGCUGAAGAAAACCUGCUCAGCAUCCAGAAGGGGCUCUUGGAAUUGAGUAAAGGGCUCCAGUUCUUGCAUAGCCACUGCUCGAUCAUUCAUAUGAACUUGCAGCCGUCUGCUGUAUUCAUCAACACCCAGGGUGACUGGAAACUUGCUGGGUUUAAAUUCUUGCAGAAUUUGAACGAGAUGACACCGCUGGACAGAGAAAACUACUACAUCAUGAACAGUUCGUCUGCGGUAGAGUACGCAAAUCAUAAUCUCAAUUUCACGGCCCCCGAACUAAUUAUGGGCUCUUCUGGAGUACGGCUUAGCACUGCCAAUGACAUGUGGGCGCUUGGCAUGUUGAUUUACUACUUAUACAAUUCUGGCGACACUAUGAUCAACUGUUUUGAAACGAACAACUUAUCUGAUUACAAGUCUGAGUUUCGCAAGUUCGAACUGAAGUUCUACAAUCAUAGGCCAGCAGAGCUUAAGUACAUGUUCAAGGAAGUGCCGGAGUCUCUAUGGGUCAUAAUGACUCAACUUCUCGCACGAUAUCCUAACGACCGGCUUUCCAUUGACCAAUUCAUAGACUCCGAGUUUUUUGAUGGCAGCCUCAUCAAAAUGAUGUGGUUUAUUGACGAGUUUACCACAAAGUCUGCCAGUGAGAAAGUCGUAUUUCUCGAUGGACUUCUUGAUCACAGUGACUUAUUAUCACAAUUACCCAGCACAUUUCGAAACUCCAAGUUGCUCCCACUCUUGAUUGACUCGAUCAAGUCUGAAACGGCAUUUUUGCAGCUGAAAAAGCUUGACCACGAGACCGAUGCUUUUAUCAGCAAAUCCCUUUCACUUGUGUUAGCCAUAGGAGGACUGCUUUCGAACCUUUCGUUCCAGGAUAGGGUCUAUACUGAGCUUCUCAAUACCGCGAAAACACGAAAAUCAGAAAGUCCUUUCCUCAAAAUAUUUCUGAUCUCAGUGAAUAUUCGGCUUGCCGUCAUUUCCCAUACAUCUUUAUUCCUCAAAAAGCUUCUGCAAAAACAAGUCACGGAAUUGAUGAAAGAAGCAGCAACGCUUUGUGUCACGGCGUCUCGCAACGAACUCGACCAGCAGGCCGAUCAAAUCAAACUUCAAGACACUUACUUGAGUAAUCUUUCCAUGGUUGCUGAAUUGUUCGACUUUCCCUAUAUCAAAAACACCUUGUUCCCACUCAUCUGCCAGGUGUUCAAGACCACCACAAUUCUUUCGACCAAAAUACAAACCAUCAAGACUUUUGACAUGUUGAUUGACAAGAAGAUCAUCGACAAAGUCAUUGUGUCUGACCAACUCCUUCCUGUACUAGAAAACCUCAAGAGCCGUGAUAAACGAAUUGUGAGCGCGGUCAGUGCAUUCUUUGUCCGUCUUGCCACCAGCCAGCACAUUGUACUUGACUUGGACGUCUUAGUGGAUAAGGUUUUGGGUCAAUGUCUCAGGUUAAUUUUUGCUUGUCUGGAUUGCAGCAAGGGUGAAUUCAAGGACAUGUUGGGCUUGCUCCAGAAGAUUCAGGAUGUCAUUGUUCAGCAGAAAUUGGAGACACUAAGUGACGUAUCCCGAGAUCCAGCGAGGGAGAACUUCAGUACUUUGAUCAAUAGU